AUGCUAUACUUAACUAUUGUGUUGUUCAUUGGUUUCACUCUUGCAAGUAGUCAGCCUACGCCUCCCGUAUGGCCAAACUAUUUUACAUAUCAGUGGACAAUGGCACAUGUCUACGAUGAUAUCCAAUUACCUCCAUAUAGUACCAUUCCAACCGCCAAUACAACCACAGGUCGCGGUCGAACCUACUACGACUGGUCAAUUCGAUCAAUGAUUGAAUACUAUUAUGAUAUUUGCAUUCCAAUCUUUGAAGCCACAACUAAUAAUUUCACAUGUAAUUUUCUGAACACAAACGGUACAGCUUAUCUUGUGGUGACUGAUCCACGUGCAACUGGUCGACCACCAUGUUGCAUUUUUGGUAAGCCAUGGAGUCCACCAGCUCCAGAUUUCAUCAGAACCGCUGCCGGAGUUAAAUACAAUGGCACAGGUGUUUUCUAUGACCGACCUGUUCUCUGGUGGGUGUUAGAUGAUCCUCAAGAUCCUGCUGGUCCAUUUGGCUAUUCGUUCUUCGAAGAUACAUGCCGAUCGUCGUCAGCAGCAGCCAACGACAAGACAUGUACACCAUCACAGUUCUUUUUCCGCGCUACGACCGGUUUCGCUAGUCAAUUCUUUGAUAAUUACAUCGUCGAAAAGCCUGAUCCAAGUGUCUUCGCGAUACCUGAUUCCUGUCUCACUGCUACAGAAUGUGAUGUUUGA